UUCUUUUCUAUUUAGUUAGUUAGCCUUAAGCUCUUCAUCGUAAUCAUCAAUUCCCAUGUUGUCCGUUGCUCUUUUUAAUCAUCACAGUUUUUCAUCUUCUUCUUAAUUGUUGUUGAAAUGAGAAUAUUUAAAUUGUCUCAUUUAAUUGUGAAAAUUGAUUAUUUCCCAAUAAUUGGCUCAUCGUUUCUUUAAUUCUUCAUUUCUAUUGAUCGUCCCCAGGAAAGUCAAUUAGGUUUCUUUAAAUCAACAAGUUCUCUUAAUUUCAAUGUUAACCUUAAUUCUUAAAAUUUAAACUGUUAUUUGACCUAAUUGUUUUCUCUCAGUGUUGUUUUUAUUUAUUCCAAAGUGACUCAUUAAUCCUUGAUUACGCUUCUUAACACAUUUUCUUUAUCUCUCUCUCUCUUUUGCCAUAAUCUCUAAUUUGAGCUUAUUUCUUAUAUCAUAAUCUUAUCCAUCUAAAGUCAUCAAUAUUUGUCUCUCUUUCUAUCUGCCAAUUCAGUUUCUUUUUUUUCUCAAUUUAUCAUUGAAAAUUGUUUCAUUUUAAUUCCUCGUUCCAUCUUGAUUGUUCAUCUAAAUUAGUGUUUAGUGUGUGACAAUUAAAUUCCCAUCAUGGGUUGUAUAUUGUCUUUCUUCAAAUUCAAUAACAAUAAAUCAUAUAAAAUCACAGAAAAAGGUGGUGAAGACAAAUCAACAAAUCAUGGGAGAAAAUCAUCAAAAAAGCAGCAGCAUCAACAACAACAGCCAAAAUAUCAGCAAUCAUUACAACAAUCAGGCCCACAAUUAGAAAAAUCUUCGGGUAAAAAUGUUCCUCCGCUUUCUAGUCAAUCCUUUGUUUACAAAACGGUUCUGGAAGCAACUGUAAGUGAUGCCACGGUUAAUGAAGAGGAGGCCAGGAUUAAUGCUGCCGAAGCUCCUGGUCCUUUCGAGAUUGAAACUGACCUUUUAAGUCCAGAAAUCGAAGAGGCUGUAAUCAAGAUUCAAGCAAAUGUCCGAGGCUAUUUAACAAGAAAACUUUAUCGGGGAGUUACACCGGACCGGUCAGUUGAGACGAGCCAACAGCCUUCAAAUGUUGUCGGUCAAAGUCAAGAACCAAUUGAAUCAUCACACAAUGAACAAAGUUCAUCAGGAAUUCUUGCUCCACCGCCAAGUUUUUCAGAUACUCCCAAAGAGUUUCCUCUGGAUCAUGAUGAUAAUAAAACAGCCGCUUCACAAGGGAAACAAAUUGCAGAUAAACUAAUUGAAUUGGAGAAACAAGUUAGCCAACAAGAAGCAAUUAAUAAACCAUUGGAAUCAACAUCGACUGUUUUCAAAACUGUUGAUGAGGUAAUUUCUAAAAAGGAGAAACGAGAAAACUUUAAUCAUGACAUUGGAAAAGUUGAUUAUAAACAAUCUUCAGUUGAUUGUGUUGGUGAGAAGUUGAAAACUCAAUAUGAAAAUAAUGAUCAUGUUCAGCAAGUAAACAAUUCAUCAGAACGUCAAUUGGAAAUUCCAUCCAUUGAGACAAGUGAAUGUACCGGACCUGAAGAGGCAGCGAUUAAAAUUCAAGCGGCAUUCAGAGGUUAUCAAGUUCGGAAAACUAUUUCAAGGGAAACCUCACCUUCACAUACGCGAGGUGAAGAUGAAGAUGUUGUUCAUUUACGAGAAAAAGAUGCCAAUUCUACUCAAGAUCCAGAAAGAGAAUCGAUUCUUGUUCUUGAUCAACUAGAGGAAUGUUUAUCUCAAGAAUUGAUGAGAAGCUCAAUCAAUAUUGGAGAUGAGACAUCACUAAGCUCAUAUUCAACUGAUUUCGACUUAAAUUCAAGUCUACAAAGUAACAUCUCAUUAGCGGCCUUAGCAUCAUCAUCAACAACCAAAACAACACAUGAGGAUGAAAAUUCUGACUCUAAAUUACCUUUAUUAACAUCGAGUAAUUUAGCAAAGACCAAUGAUGAAAAUAUAACAACAGCUAAAAUUAAUGACGAAACACCAACAAUUCCUGAUGCAAUCGAAUCUGAAAAUGUAAACAAGCAAAUUGUUGAUGUAUCUUCAGUUGAUCCAUUAACAGUUUCAAUCAAUAAUCAAGCUCCAACAGCUGAUGAUUCAGUUAAUCAAACGGAAUGUUUUGAUUCAUCAUCUAAGGUGGAGGAUACAUUAGAAGUGAUUAAAUCUGAACCAGUUUUGUUUGUUCCCACCGAUGAAAAAGUUAACGCCAUUGAUGAAACCGAUUUAAUUGAUGGAAUGGUGAAAAUUGAUAAUCAAGAAAUUGAUCCGGUUGUAAUUGUUGAAUUAGAUGGUACAUUAGAUGCAUCUGAUGUGUCAAAAUCAAAUGAUAAACAAAUUGAUGAGCCAAAAAGCAUUAAAAAGGAAUCGCCUAAAAAGUUAACAACAAUUGACUCAGAAUUAGAGUUACACCAAUCAAUUGAGAUUAACAGAGUUGGUUCAAGUUCAAUCAACGAAACGAAAUCCAUUGAUGAACCAGAAGCAGAAAUCGAGGAGCUCGAAGUUGAACCUUUGUUUUCAGAACUUGUUUCACCUUUAAUUGAAUCAACGAUCCAAAGUAAUCAACAAACUUCAACUAAUGAUUCUGUUAAUUCAUCACAAAAAGAUGAACAAAUUACUCCACCAAUUUGUGAUGUAACUUUAUCACCAUCACUUGCGGAAAUAGUUACAAGUGAUAAUCAAAGUGACCUUAAUGCUGAUGGAAACACACCAAUUAGUUUAAUUACCGAAACUAGUGAAGAAUCUAAGGAAACAGUUAAUAAAUUGACCAAAGAAGAUUCAUUUGGAUCAGAUAUCCUUGUUUUAGAUGAUGAAAAAAAUGAUACUCUUUAUGAUCCAUUUGAAGAUAAUUUAACUUGCAACCCACCAACCAUUCAAUCAUCGGCUAAUAAUCAUGAACAAUUAACAGCAUCAGCAACAUUUGCCGAGGAUAAUUUGAUUAAAUCAGUUGUAGAUGAUUUAAAUAAAGAUAAAGAAUUACUCCUUUAUGAAAUGAAUUCAGGAUCAACAAUUAAAGAUGUCGACUUAUCAGAUAUGAAUGAAAAUAUUAACGAGAUUAAAGAUGAUAUUUUGGUCAAUUUGGAUGAAAGUGAUGACGAAGAUGACGAAGAUAGUCAAAAACGACCAGUUGAACAAUCAGUAAAUUGUGUAUCCAAAAAUAACUCGAUUGUUCAAAUUCAAGACGAAAAUCAAAUGAUUGAAAAGGAAACUAAGGAUCUCAGUAAUUCUGCAAAACAAUCAAAAGAUGAAUCAAUAAAUGACUCGACAACAACUGAACAAAACAUUGAUUCAGAAUCACUACCUGAUGGUCAUGUUGGUGAUUUGAUUAAAACUGAAAUGGUUUCUACUCCAGAACAAUCAGAAGCUGUGGCAACAAUUAACGAGCCUUCAGAAAAUGUUUGUAAAAAAGUGAUUCCGGAUUUAUUUGAUUCACAACCAGAGAAACAAUUGAAUAUUGAACUUGCAUUCUCACCAAGUGUUGGUGUUAUUCAACAAUCAAUGAUUAAUCAUGACAAAAGUUCAAUUCAAGAAGAUGUUGAUUCUUCCAGUGUCUCAACAAACCCUUUCUUAAAUCAGUCAGAUUUUGAUUCAGAUCUCGACUUGGGAAAAAUCAUUCCCAGUGAUCAGAAACCAAUCAAUCUUGUUGGCGAUGAAAAUGAAUCAACGAGUUUAACAACACAACAAUCUUCGCAAGAAUCAACGACGACAAUCAAACAAUUAGAAUUAACAACAUCCGAAGUUGCAAUUAUCAAAGAUGAAGAACAAUUAAAAUCAAUUGUCCCAAAAGAAUCAUCCGAGAAAUUAAAACAGCUCGAGAUUCUUGUGGCACCUCCGAUUGAAAGUCCAAAUACAAUUCAAAUUACCGAAACUACUGCAGAUCUUACAAGUGCCAUUACUGAAGACAAUCAAUCAAAAGCUGAUGAAUCACCAAUUAAACAUGAUGAUGAAGACAAAUCGCCAGAAAAUCAGUCCAAAUCUCCUGUACAAGAAAAUUUAAAUGAGACAAUCAUUGUAGUCCAAUCUGAGGUAUCAAAUGAACAAUUAGCACCAACGGAAAGUGCAACAACAUCAAACAAUCAACCAACAGUUAAUAUUGAGACAAAUGUUGAGAGCAAUAUAACAACAAUUAACGAACCACCAGUAAAUGAUGAUGAAGAAGUCGAUACCAGCCCAGAGAAUGGAAAUCUUUUACUAAGACUACAGGAUCGCGAUACUCGAUCGAGAAGUCCAAAUCCAUUUAAUCGUAAAAAGAGACGACACAAAAAGAAAAGUGGACCUGCUAAUUGAUUAACCAAAUCAAUCAAAUUAAACAACAAUUAACAUGAAUCUAUGUCAACAAAAACAAAGAUGAACACGAAUUUAAAAUACCUGGACAACCAAAAGUGCAUUUUACACGGAGAUAUUGAUCACAAUCGAUUUACAAAAAUGAUUAAGAUUAAUUGAUUAUCAUUAUUAUUACUAUUAUUAUACUUAUACAAAUAAUUAAAUUAUAAUGACGAAAAUAAAUGAAAAACAAAAUCCACAACAUGUAUUAGAUUGUAUUGGAAACAAACUUUGAACUUUGAAAAAAAUUUAAGCAUCAAAAAUGCUUACAACUGA